AUGAGAUCUGAAGUCGUUAAUGAUGAGAUUCGAGCGAUGGUAUUGAUAUAGGGGAUCUCGUUUUUAUCAAGUCAGUCUUCUCCCGGAGCUCAGCGAGAAUGGUUGAUUCCGCUCCGAUGCUGCUGCUGCUCUUGGUGGCUUUCGGCUCUGUCAUAUCUACGGUGUCAGGUGAGAUAUCUUGCGAGCCAGGAUGGCUUCAAUUCGGGUCCUCAUGUUUCCACCUGGCAAACGUUUCUGGAAGCUGGCUUCAUGGGUACGAGUACUGUAAUGGCGUUGGUGGAAGCUUGGCCACCGUCGAUAGUGAGGAUGCGAAUUACUUCAUUGCUGGUAUAUUAGCAGCAAGCAGAGCCCCAACCGUAUGGAUUGGCUUCCAUGACCAACAAGUCUCUGGGUACUUUGAAUGGAUCAGUGGUCGACCCACGACCUUCUCUAACUUUGCCCCUGGACAACCAGACUACGGGGUGGAAAGAAACGAAGACUGCGUGGAGAUAAGGGAAGACCUCGAAUACCAGUGGGCAGAUGCUUACUGCUUUGAGCACAAAGGAUACCUGUGCUCGCGAGAUGCCGAAUAAGCACACAGCAGAUGGCGCUGACAUCUGCGGUGAUAAAGAAUCAGGUCUUGAGGAAAGAUGUCUUUUGCACCUUUUAAAAAUCAGAUGGAAAAAGUUCUGACGGUUUCUUUCAUAUUGGAUCAAAAUUUCAUAAUAUUUUUGCUAUGCCGAGGCAGUUUGUUGUCCCCGGACCCACCAUGAAUGGGGCGUUCUGAUUGUAACUUCGAACAUGAAAUAAAGAGAGAAAUCACUUGAUGCGAGGUA